CCCUUUUUGAGUUGAAAAACCCUACAGUUUUGGUGGAGAAUGCGGGCACAUUCAAACUUGGUUUGUGAGCAAACAGUAUCAAUUUAUUUGUGUUUUUAUAUUAUGCGCGCUUAGAGUGAGACAAGUCGCAGCGCGAACUCACUCUUUUGGAUUGGAUGGUUAAAAGCCACCUCCAGUACUGUAUUUUAACAGCCUCUAUUUGUCUAACAUUUAGUCACUGUUAAUUGUUAAAGUAAACUGCAGUUCAUAAUAUUAAAAUUGUUCUCUAAAGACGAAGGAAUCUCUUUACAGUACAUUUUAAUAUUAUCAAAAUCGCCUGUUGGAACGAAGAAAUCUUCCUGCAUUGCGAUAAAGAUAGAUUUGAGCGAUGCUCCUCUUAUCAUCUUUUAAAGGCCUUAUUUUGAUCGUAUCGCUAGAUUGAAGUCAUUGCGAAGUUCCAAUUUCAUUUAACUAGACGAUCUAACUCCCUUAGGUUUAACCAUCAGAGUAGCUAUCUAAUGCGUGCCUAAAUGCAGAUUUGAUCAUAAGAACACUGUAAGCCAGUAGACGGAUUGAAAUGUAAAUGGGAGCUUUUAAAACCUUGAUCAAGUGAAAUUUGCAUAACAACAGCGAAGAAACCCUGUUGUUCAUAUUGUUGAUAUGUGUACUGGCAGCGAAGAAAUCCUGCUACACACCAUUAAGCAGUUAAGUUGCACAAACCGUAAGAAUCUGUUGGGAUUUGACUCUCAAUGUUCUUGUGAUAACUGCAGUAAAUUUCGUUAGAAUGAGAAUAGUCUCACACUAAACGCUAUCAGUCUAAGCACGAUUGGAGUUAAGGCACAGUACCUUAAACUAACACUAGAGGGCAGGCUGUUUAAGUAUCUAACACUUCUUGAACUCCUUCUACCUUCCUGUUUUCACCUUGGGUGGGCGCACCCACUCCCCCUUGUGGGCAUUCUCUGCUAGGUCGACUUGGUACUCUAAUUUGUUGAUUUUAAUUUCCCUUCUGCUUCAUCGGUCAUUAUCAUUCUAGCCAUUCUAGUUACCUGCAGUUUCAUUUUUAAUUUUAUUUAUUCAUUUAUUUUUAUUUCUUGUUUUCGUAUUAGUUUUUCAUAUCCAGUACUAUUUUUGUUUUUCUUUAUUAUCUUUUAUUACGUUUAUAAUUUUGUUUGUUUUGUCCUUUUUUUUUAUUAUUUUACUUUUUAUUUUAAUUUUAAUUUUUAAUCAGGGUCUCUCCCCCUUUUCUCUCCCACUUUACCACUCACUUAUUUAAAUUUAGUUUAAACAGUGUUUGAAUUCAAAUUUAAAGUUAAUUUCUGUAUUCUAGCCAUUUUUGUUCACCUAUAGGUAACACUCCCUCUAGUGCUUAGUUGGUGAAGUGACAGUUGCCUCCACGGCGGAUCGCAGUGAGCUGCCACGGGAUCCAGAUUGAAUCACCUCAAUCCAUCACUAAGCCUAGCCAUAGAAUACUGACCCAAAAUUAGGGUGCUCCUAAAUCUUUAAGGUAAUUAGCCGCUCCACAGGCUGCCACACUAGAUGUUAUGACCCAGCAGCGCCCUCUACUCGGUAGGCCCUGUCAUAACCCCUAACAGCAGUAAAAGGCUUAAACCUGCUCUCUCCUCUAUCCCUCUCUGUGUUUUGAUUUGUUGAUUUGUUUGUUUUUCAUUUUGUUCUGUUUUGUUUGCCUAGAGACCGAACCUUUGAGAAUCAUCAGGGAAGGCUGAGUAAUAGAUUGACGACCCAAGCUGCCAAAGUCUUAAGACGAUCACGCUGUCAACAAUCUGAGUUAGAUCCUUUCCGGUGCCCCCCCCACAACAAUUAGACACACCGUGCCAUUCACGGCCGAGAUAACAGGUGUCUGGUCUACACUCCGCAAACUGUUUGUACUCCUCAGACAGACCGUGCAUAGAACGUAUAAUUACUAUAAUUGCAGCCUGCUAACGCUGUAAGGACUUGCAUUGGCCUUUUCGUGCUGUCCCUCUCUCCCUCUCUCCCUCUCUCUCUCUCUCUCCCUCUCUCUUUUCACCAGUGAGCCAGCAUGUCUCGAUCAUCCAGCCCUGAUGCCCACUGGGAUCGACUAGCGUCCUGGCUGAGUGCCAUAACUGGUACACUCCUGUCUGAAGCAGCCGGCGGCCUGCAGCACCUGAGCCGGGAACAGCUCGACGACAACCUGAGCGCCCUGAUGUCACACGAUCCGACACAGGACUACAGCCACAAAGAUCUCACCAAGAUCCUCGGGCCCCUCGCCCACAACCUCCUCGCUCAGGCAAAGCUGGGAGAAGCAAGCAUCUCCCGCAUGGAACAGGAAGCAGCAGCGCUGAAGCUCCAGGCUGAGGAGGCUCAGAGAAACCUGGUGCUUGCUCAAAGUCAACUGGACCAGCUAACGUCGGAGACUCAGCACCAGCACAGGACGGCGGAUGAAAAGGACCCAGAGCUGCAGGAGGAAGUAGAAAGACUCCAGAAAGCCUUAACUGAUCUCCGUGUAGACACAACACGCCGAGAGCAGUGGGAAAAGGACACCAGAGAGGAACUAAGUGAAAAACUUCAGCGAGCCGAGGCUCUCCUGAUGAGAGCAGAGACUGAACUCAAAGAGAGAGAUGCUAGGGCCAGGGCCUGUGAAGGCCACCUGCAAAGUUCCCGGGCUGAAGUCAGUGCCCUGGCCCAACAAAGAGACUAUUUAAAAGAUGAACUUGAUACGGUUCACCGAGAGCUUAAAUAUGCAUAUAGACUGCAAAGUGACUCUGAAAGGGAAAUGCACACCACAGAAUUUCCCCUAACCAGCAGAUUGAUACCUCCUAGUCAAGGGUUUCCAGUUCGAAAGGGGGGUGAGAGCCCACUGCUCAAGACAUCACCUGCCAGCAUCCCUGAACCCCCAGCAGCAGCAAGGGGGUGGGAGCCUUUUCAAAGGCUGUCUUCCAGUCACGGCGUGUCACCUAAAGAAUUGGAUAAGCUGGCUAGAAACAUUCCCACUUUCACUCCAAACCCUGCAGGAGGCCACGAUGUGCACGCCUACUUAAAAGACAUUGACUUUCACUUGCAAACUGUUGCCAAUGUUACCACACGAGACAGACUCUAUCUGCUCCGAAUCACCGCUAGCCGUGAGGUGAGGAGCUUUCUAGACCGGCAGCCAGAAACGGUCGAAGUGGAUUACCAGCAAAUGCAGCAGGCUCUGAUUAAGGAGUUCUCUGACCCAGAGUCAGAGCAAGGACUGAUUACUGCCAUGGACCUUAAACAGGGCAGACAGGAAACCACACAGGCUUACUACAACAGGCUCAGACAGGCCUACUUCGGAGCACGGAACGAGCCAGGAAUGGAACAGGAUUUCAACUUCAAAAUUCUGUUCCUCCGGAACCUGCACCCAACAGUGAGCCACCACUUGGGGGUUCUGGCUUGCCCACGGACUAUGUCCACCCAACAGCUGCGAGAUUUGGCCCAUAAGGCCUAUGUUAAACAAAAGACUGCUUCUGAAAAGACAGGAAAAAACCCCACAAUCUAUCCUGUCACUAAUCAGAGUUCUGAACUUGCUCUAGAGGGCGCCGAGCCAAGCCACACUGACAAACCUGUCAACACAAUGUCAAGGUCCUUCCCAACCAGCAGAGAGCAGCAUGGCCAUGGUGGUGCCCGUCCUAAGCACCAGUAUGAGCGCCCCGAGAGAUCCUGGGACAGGUCACAACCACCCCUCAACCGAAGGGGUGGAGCCACAUGGGAAGCCAAGAGACGGCCCAAGGGGAACCGACACUCACAGACACAAGCACCAAGCUCGGACUGCCAGCAGCAGAACCCCUCUCAACAGGCCCUGGACAAGCCCAAAUAUAAACCAUCCACAGAACAGAACCAGAAAGCUACAUCUGAAUCAGCAGAGAUCAUGAGACUUUUAAAGGAACUCCUCCAAGAAAAGCACCAUAAGGGAAAGAAAAGGGAUGAGUCAGAUCAGCUAUGACUAAGCAUUAGCUCUGACCCCAACGCCCACUCAGAGUCCCCUCAAAAUGAACUUCCCAACCAGAUCACUGCUAAUCCACUGUUAACCACAGAACCAGAUAUCUCAUCACCAAGUGGUGACAUCACUCAACCACCUCAGCUGACUGUGGAACCACCAGAACCAGCCAACAUCCCGCAACACACCUCCAGCCAGGACUGCAAAGUACCAGAAAGUGCGGUUUUGGUGGUCUGCCUCCCUGACGAGCCACACAAGACCAGCUCUGACUGCUUGCCAGUCACCACACAAGCCCCAGUGCCGAGACUCCUAGGGAACCUAAUCGAAAGGGGGGUGGCCAAAAAACUCUACCUGGCCAUCACAUUAGAAAAUGAGGUGAGACUGGAGGCCCUGGUGGACACGGGAGCUGACCUCACUUUAAUGUCUAGCCAACUUUUUGACAGACUUCAAAGUGAAGCCAAGAGACAGAAUCGAACUCUUAACUAUCAGAGGUGUGUGCUGAAUGUGCAAUCCUACAGCCAAAAUGAGGUCCAACUUGAACAGGUAGCUCCAAUUCACCUGACCAUCGGCCCUAUGAACUUUGUGCACCCUGUGUACAUUUCUCCAUUGGACACAUAUCCUCUCCUCAUUGGCAAAGACCUGCUAGAUCGCUUUGAGCCAUUGCUAGAUUUUAAACAACUGAAAAUCUGGGCUCAAGUGCGAGAACCUCUGCCUCCUCAGUCACCAAGACCACCCCAGACAGACUGUCAGGUCACAAAGGUCGCGGGAAAUCUCGCCGCCAGCCGCGGGAACGUCUCGGCCCAAGAGCAAAGUUCAAGGUCGCUGCUCUGUACUUUCCAGUUAGCCAAAGACUCUGACACAUACGGCCCCCACGUUAAGGGGGGCUUACAACUGAAUGAUGUCACAACAACAGACCCCAUACUAGCACUGUGGGCAGACAAUUCAGCCAUCAGCCUCUCACAGUUCAAUGCUCUCAAACAGCACACAACGAACAUUCCUUUUGCUAACAAGCGCACACGAUUCCCCUUGAAUCCCUGCCCAUCAGCUAUGGUGACUGCCAAGGGCACCUGUGCCCUGAACUUGAGGUGGAAUGACAGGUGUCUAACCCAUUACUUCCUGGUCCUUCCAGACGCACCGCAUGAUGUCUACAUCGGAGCAGACAUUCUGAUUCGCCUCAGGGCUCACGUGGACAUGAUCAAUGAAGUGAUAUGGGCUCCAAUGACCUCACAGCCACCCACAGUUCCUGUCAACCAUGAGAACCUCCUGUCAGGCCAAACCAUCCCUGAGGCCUGCACGCUAAUCAAUGAAAAAGAGACUGUAGUACCAGCUUACACCAAAGGGGUCGCUGUUCGACUCAACCUGCGAAGCGGCCAAGCUCUCAGCCACACCCUAGGCUUCUU